UUUGCAUUUUAGCUUCAAAGUCCUAUUGUUGAAAAGAUGGUGGAUAUGUUGAAGACCCUGGAGAGCAGUUAUCAUCCAGCAGUCAAGACUCUAUCUGACAGUGUGUCUAAAGCGCUUGAGGAAGCCACGGAAAUCCACCUUUUUCUACAACCACUGAAAGUGCUGCUCUCUCAGCUGGAAGAGAAAAAUUUUCUACACCUGGAAACGUACACCCCAGCACUUUUUCACACACUCUUCCUCAUCUGGACUAACUGCCCAUCUUAUCAAAAACCAGCUCGCAUUGUGCUUUUACUACAAGAGGUUUGCAACCUGUUCAUCGAACAGGGUUGUGCAUAUCUGUCAGAAGACCUCCUUCUCAAAGAGGAUCUAGAGGAAAGUCUGCACAAGGUAAGAAGGGUAAUGAAAGUCUUCGGCUGCUUCGAGAAAAACUACCUCAACCAGAGGGAGAAACUGGCCAACCAAGUCAAACAUACGCCCUGGAAUUUUCCAUUUGGCUUGAUCUUUUCCCGUUUUAACCAAUUCUCAAAUCGUCUGCUACAGCUGGAGAAUGUGCUUGAAAUCUUUUUAGAGUACCGGAAGAUGGAAAAACUAGAAUUUGGUGGAAUUACUGGGCAUCACUACGGUGAAUGUGUUGCUAAGAUUUACAAAGAUUUCAGUAACCACUGCCAGGAGCUUAUGCACAGUCAAAACAACCCACUUGACAUCAGCUCACAGGUGUUUGAAAGCCAGUACACAGAAUUCAAAAAAAUGGUUGCAGAUGUAGAAUGCCGGUUGUCCAGCGAGCUGUGUUUGGCCUUUCAGGAUUGCUCAAGUCUAGAAUCAGCUUUAAAACUUGUAAUGAUGGUUGCAUCCUUUCUGGAGCGAAGUGAAAUCAGACAAAAGUGCAAGCCCAUCUUCUCUCAGCUACAGCGCUAUUUCAGAGUAAAGCUGGAAAGCUGCAAAUUUCUGUUCGAAUCAUUUAAGAACCAGGAGAAAAGUCCUCCAAUCAAGAACAUGGCAUACACAUCUGGAGCUUUAAAGUGGCUAAAGAUGCUAAGACAACGCAUCCAGACACCAUGGGAAUACUUAAGACGCCACUUAGUUUCAGUGGAGGAGGAGAUGAUAAAGGAGUACCAAAAAUACUUAAGGAUGAUAAGUCUCCUCAAACAGCAUGAGGAGAUCAUUUACUCUGACUGGUGCAAUGGUUUGGAAGAGGCAUACCUGAUCCAUCUAAGCAAGCCUCUGAUUUUAAGAAAUUCUUCUACUGGCCUGAUCUCAGUCAACUUUAACAUAAAGCUGACUGAAGUCGUGAAAGAUGUGAAGUAUAUCCAGGCGCACGGUCACAUCAACAUUCCUCCAGCUGCUGUGACUUUUUAUGAAAAGCGUGACAUGUUCACAGAGUAUUCCAGGAGUUUGCAGGUGUUGGUGGAAUGUUAUAACACGCUCAAGCUGACGAUGUUAAAAGUGGAGCUUCCGCUAAUCAAGGCAGAGCUGGACGCCAUAGACUCGCUGCUGACAAAAGCAGAAACCAGUUUGACAUGGCAGGAUCAGGAUUCCUGGGGUUUCAUCAGAACCACCAAGGACCUUGUCCAAGAUCUCUCAUCUCGAAUCAGCCGCGCAAAGGAAAACUUUGAGGUCAUUAAGUCAUUGACGAAGAAAUGGAGCAAACAGACAAUGUUCUGCAGAGAAGACACCCGGAAAGGCUUACCAAUGCCACUAGAUGACAGGGCAAACAAUGUCAGCAAGAAGUACAUCUCUAUGAAGCAUGAUGGAGACCUUAUACACGAGAAAAUCCAGGAGAACGUGGUCCUGUUCCAUGCUGAUCCUGUUUCAAGAGAAUGGCAGUCUUACCUGGAAUAUGUUGAUGAAAUGAUAGCAGAGGGGCUUUUCAAACACAUCCACCACAGUCUUCAGUUUUUUGUGGAAAACAUGUCAACAAGACCAAACCAGGUUCCUCUUUUUGCCAUUCAGUUGGUGCUGAACAGUUCAGGAAAGACCUUCUGUCCUCCAGUGGAGCAAGGCAAAGCAGAUGGAUUCCAUGAGCUGAUAGAAAGACUUCUCCAAGAUCUUUUCAAAACAUCUGGAAGUAUCAGGAGAGUAGCUGCUCAUCUCAGCAUGGAAAGCUAUGAGGAUUUAAUGAAUGGCAUACCAGAAUUGUUGGACUUGAGAAAGGAAAUCAUGGAGCUAGUAGACAGCUCUUUAAAAAAAGCGGACAAGUACCAGCAAAAGUUUGACUGCUACACUCCAUUGUGGAAAAAUGACAAGAAAAACUUUCUUAGUCAAUUUCUCCAUUCUGGAGAUGCACUAACAACUGGAGAGGUGGAUGUUUACGGAACAGAUGAGCCUUCUGGGAGCCUUCCUACAAUCGGUAGCUUCAAGGAACAGAUUGACUAUUAUGAGACUCUGAAUGCUGAAGUUUCUGAGUUGGAAGACUUUGUAGUGUUUGAUGGGUGGCUGCGGGUGGACAUCAAGUUCUUUAAAGCUGGGCUUCUGAACACUGUUAACAGAUUGAGUUGGCUUUUUAAGGACUACCUCUUGACAUAUUUGACUAACAGUUUUGAUGAGCUGCGGAAAUUCCUCCGUGCCACUGCUGAUGGCCUCAGGCAUUCUUUGACUGAAGGAGAUCACAAAGGCUUCGUGGAAGUUAUGAAACACCUGCUGGCAGUCAGAGACAAAACAAGCACCACCGACAAGAUGUUUGCUCCACUCAGGGACAUAAUAAGUCUGUUAGAGAGCUAUGGAGUAACAAUUCCAGAGGUGUUUUACUCACAAAUGGAGGAACUUCCUGAAAUGUGGAAUGAGACUAAAAAACUGACCUUAAAAGUGUCACAAGAGGUGGCUCCCAAGCAGAGUGCGGAAGUCCUCAUUUUGCGAAGACAGUGCAUGGAUUUUGAGAUAAAACUCAGUGAAUUUCGGAAGAAGUUCCAAAUAGUAGCGCCCUUCAGUUACAAUGCCACCAGCCCCCACAAUUGUCUGGAGAAAUCUGAAAAAGAAAUUUUGGAUAUGGAGAGGGAAAAAGCACAGUUACAAGAGUCCUCAAAUCUGCUUGAUGUUACUAUUUCGGACUUCAGAGACAUCAAACAAUGCAGACGAGAGAUCACUAUCCUGAGAGAUUUGUGGGACAAAGUGCUGUUUUUCCAGGAACGAGUGAACACCUGGUCAAUAAUCAAAUGGAGGCAGAUAAAUGUGGACCAGAUAGAUGCUGAAGUUAGGAAAUUUGCCAGGGAUUUACAGAAACUUGAUAAAGACGCUCGCGCUUGGGAUGUGUACACUGGAUUAGAACUUCAUGUAAGGAACAUGCAGACAUUACUGCGAGUUGUGAGUCAACUGCAAAACCUGGCAGUCCGAGAGCGCCAUUGGGUGCAGCUAACUCCAGAAUUGAAGAUAAGCUUCAAUGUGACCGACAGCACCACCUUGGGGGAGCUUUUGGCUUUGAAGCUUCAUAUGUUUGAAGAGGAAAUUUGCAAAGUUGUUGAACAGGCAGUCAAAGAGAUGGCUAUUGAGAAGAUUGUUACAGAAAUAGGUCAAACAUGGGCCUCAAAAGAGCUCUUGUAUGAAGAACAUGAUCAAAACUCAAUACCUUUAUUGAAAUGUGAUGAAGAACUCAUUGAAAUGCUGGAGGACCACCAGGUUCGACUCCAAACUGUGGUUCAAAGCAAGCAUGUAGAUAAUUUUGUGGUCCAGGUACGGGAACUACAAAACCAGUUGAGUGUGGCAGAGUCCGUGUUGAUUAUCUGGAUGGAGGUCCAAAAAACGUGGGCUUACCUUGAGAGUAUCUUCAAAAGCUGUGAUGACAUUUGUCAGCAUCUGCCUGCAGAUUUGCAGAGAUUCCAGGAAGUUGAUAAUGAGUUUCAGGUCUUGAUGGUGAACAGUGCUAGGACUAAGAAUGUGAUUGAGGCCACCAACAUACCACAUCUGUUUGAGAAGUUAGACAAUCUACAGAAAAGGUUGGCUUUGUGUGAACAAGCCCUUGCGGAUUACCUGGAGGCAAAAAGAAUAGCUUUUCCACGCUUUUACUUUAUUUCAUCUGCCAACUUGUUAGACAUCCUCUCUAAAGGGAGUCAUCCCAGAGGGGUUAUUGUCCAUCUAUCGAAGCUUUUUGACAGUAUGUCAGAUCUUGAGUUUGCCCAAACAGAACAGAUGCUUAACCCCAAGCAGGCAGUGGGCAUGUACAGCAAAGAAAGAGAAUAUGUUCCAUUCACAACUGAGUGCUGGUGUUAUGGACCGGUGGAGACUUGGCUUGUUUCUCUAGAAGAGUCCAUGAAAAAAAGUGUCAGGGAUCAGCUGUUUAAUGCGGUGUCGGUGUAUGAGGACAGACAAAGAGAACAAUGGAUUCUUGACUUCCCCGCCCAAGUUGCACUUACUGGUUCACAAAUCUGGUGGAGUAAUGACAUGGAGCUUGUUUUCAGAAAACUCGAAGAAGGAUUUUCUUUUGCACUGAAAGACUACAACAAGAAACAGAUUUCCCAACUAAACUUGCUGAUUGGCAUGCUGCUGGGAGACUUGAGUCCAGGUGACAGACAGAAGAUCACCACUGUCUGUACUAUUGAUGUUCACGCCAGAGACAUUGUCGCCAGCCUCAUUGCUCAAAAGGUCACCACCUCACAAGCAUUUCAGUGGCUUUCUCAGCUUCGGCAUCGCUGGGAUGAACAAGAGCACCAUUGCUAUGUUAACAUCUGUGAUGCUCAGUUCCUGUACUCAUAUGAGUAUCUUGGAAAUACACCACGUCUUGUCAUCACUCCUCUCACAGACCGGUGCUACAUUACCUUGACUCAGUCCCUCCAUCUGAACAUGAGUGGCGCCCCAGCUGGCCCUGCUGGAACUGGAAAGACUGAGACAACAAAGGAUCUUGGCAGAGCCAUGGGUGUUAUGGUGUACAUAUUCAACUGCUCCGAGCAGAUGGAUUACAAGUCUAUUGGAAACAUCUACAAGGGUCUGGCUCAGAGUGGGGCAUGGGGCUGCUUUGAUGAGUUCAACCGAAUCUCUGUAGAUGUUCUGUCAGUUGUGGCAGUUCAGGUAAAAACCAUUCAGGAUGCCAUUCGUUCAAAAAAGGAAAGGUUCCUUUUCCUUGACCAGCAUAUUACCCUAAAGCCCUCAGUUGGAAUUUUCAUCACCAUGAACCCUGGUUAUGCAGGCCGAGCAGAGCUGCCCGAGAAUCUCAAGGCUCUUUUCAGGCCCUGUGCCAUGGUAGUGCCUGACACACAGCUCAUCUGUGAGAUUAUGUUAGUGGCAGAAGGAUUCUGUGCUGCAAAGCUUUUAGCCCGGAAGUUCACUUCUUUGUAUAAUUUCUGCAAAGAACUGCUCUCCAAACAGCACCAUUAUGAUUGGGGUUUACGUGCUGUUAAAUCUGUUCUGGUUCUGGCGGGUGCUCUGAGAAGAAGUGAUAAGAAAAGACCUGAAGAACAGGUACUGAUGCAUGCAUUGCGGGACUUCAACAUGGCCAAAAUUGUGACUGAGGAUUUGCCCAUCUUCUUGGGACUGCUUGGAGACUUGUUCCCAGGCCUGGAGGUGGAAAGAAAGAGAGACUCUGAGUUUGAAAAGGCAAGCCGACAAUCUGCCCUGGAGCUUGGCCUGCAACCCGAGGACACGUUUAUCUUGAAGGUGAUGCAACUGGAGGAACUCAUGGCGGUGCGUCACUCUGUCUUUGUUGUUGGAAAUGCAGGAACAGGGAAAAGCCAGAUCUUGAGAGUUCUUUAUAAGACCUACGUAAAUCUGGGGAGAAACCCAGUUUGGAACGACCUCAAUCCAAAGGCGGUAAACAGAGAUGAACUGUUUGGUUUCAUCCAUCAUGCAACCCGCGAGUGGAAAGAUGGUUUGCUCUCAUCUCUGAUGCGAGAGCAGGCAAACAUCUCCCACCUUGGGCCUAAGUGGAUUGUGCUGGAUGGAGACAUUGAUCCGUUGUGGAUUGAAUCACUCAACACGGUGAUGGAUGAUAACAAGGUACUGACUCUAGCAAACAAUGAACGUGUGUCACUUACCCCGUCCAUGAGACUGGUGUUUGAAAUUAGUCACCUACAGAUGGCCACUCCUGCCACUGUAUCAAGAGCAGGAAUUCUAUACGUUAACCAACAGGAUCUUGGCUGGAAUGCUUACUUUGCCAGUUGGAUUGAACAAAGAGAGCAACAGUCUGAAAGAGCUCACCUUAUCGUUCUGUUUGAGAAAUAUGUUCCACGUUGUGUGGAACAAAUGAAGACAUCUUUCAAGACAGCAACUCCAGUUCCAGAGAUCUCUUUAGUGCAGACGCUCUGUACUUUGCUCGACUGCCUUUUAAAACAAGAAAACAGUUCGUCUGAGUCCACCCGUGAGACCUACGAGAACUAUUUCACAUUUGCCUGCAUCUGGGCUUUUGGAGGAGCCCUCGGCCAGGAUCAGCUCCAUGACUAUCGGGCAGAAUUCAGUCAGUGGUGGACUAAAGAAAUGAAGACCGUGAAGCUACCAGCUCAUGGGACCGUUUUUGACUACUACCUUGAUCAUCAAAGCAAGCGUUUUCUUCCCUGGAGUGACACUGUGCCACAGUUUCAGUUGGAAACAUGCACAACACUACAAGCUGUUCUGGUACACACUGCAGAAACGGCGAGUUUGUGGUACUUCAUAGACUUGUUGCUAGAGAGGAGGCAGCCAGUGAUGCUUGUUGGGAAUGCAGGAGUGGGAAAAACGGUCCUUGUCAGGAAUAUGUUAGCCUCUCUGCCAGAGAGCUAUACUACCUCAAACAUACCUCUCAACUACUACACUACCUCUUUGAUGCUGCAAGAGAUUCUUGAGAAAUCUUUGGAAAAAAGAGCAGGUAGAAGCUACUCACCUGCUGGGAACAAGCGGCUCGUCUACUUUAUUGAUGACCUGAACAUACCAGCUGUUGACAACUAUGGAACAAUCCAGCCUCAUGCACUCAUACGCCAACAUUUGGAUUAUGGACACUGGUAUGACAGACAAAAACAAACCCUUAAAGAAAUACAAAACACCCAAUAUGUGGCCUGUAUGAAUCCAGCUGCUGGGAGCUUUGUUAUCAACCCUCGGUUACAGAGACAUUUCUCAGUGUUUGCUGUGAACUUCCCUUCCCCUGAGGCUCAGAAGUCAAUUUUUGGGCAGAUUAUAUCUUGCCAUCUCAAACAGCAGGUCUUCAGUGAGCAGGUUCAGAGAAGCACCUCAGCUGUGGUCAAAGCUGCUGUCGCUUUUCAUCACAAGAUGACUCAAACUUUUUUGCCAACGGCCAUCAAAUUUCACUACACAUUUAAUCUGCGGGACAUGUCUAACGUGUUUCAGGGCGUGCUUUUGACUGGGCCUGAGACUUUGAAAGAAAGUAAUGAUCUGGCAAUGCUGUGGCUCCAUGAGACAAACAGGGUGUAUUCAGAUCGACUGGUAGAUGCCAAGGACCUCCAGCUUUUCCUUAAGCUCCAAACUGAGACUGUGCAUGAGUGCUUUAAGGAACUUGAGGUCACAGAGGUGAAAAAACAGCCCCUCCUCUAUUGUCACUUUACCCACAUGGGUGAGAAACCCUCCUACACCCCAGUAACGGACUGGUCCAAACUCAGGACCAUACUAACUGAUGCUUUGGAAAGCUACAAUGACCUCCAUCCAGAAAUGAAUUUAGUUUUGUUUGAAGAUGCUAUUCACCAUGUCUGUCGCAUCAGUCGUAUCCUGGAGCUCCCAAGAGCGCACGGCUUGCUCAUUGGGGUUGGGGGCAGUGGGAAGCAGAGCCUGACUCGUCUGGCUGCCUACAUGUCAUCAGUGGAAGUUUUUCAAAUCAGUCUGAGUCAAGGUUAUAGUGUGCAGGACUUUAAGAUGGAUCUGGCAGGGUUGUUUCUGAAGAUUGGAGUAAAAAAUCAGCGCAUUACUUUGCUUUUGACUGAUGCACAGAUUCCUGAUGAGCAGAUCCUGGUCUGGAUUAAUCUCCUCUUGGCAUCAGGAGAAAUUUUAGAGCUCUUCAGUGAUGAAGAGGUUGAGAGUAUUGUAUCUGGCGUAAAAGCUGAAGUACGAGGCCUCGGACUCCUGGAUACCAAAGAAAACUGUUGGAGAUUCUUUACAGACCGAGUGCAACAACAGUUCACGGUCAUUCUGUGCUUCUCUCCUCUGGGUAGUGCCCUGCGGGUUAGGGCCCGUCAGUUACCUGCCCUUUUUAGCUGCACAACCAUUGACUGGUUCCAUCCUUGGACAAAUGAAGCUCUGCAGUCAGUCAGCCACAGAUUCAUUCAAGACAUUGAAGGCAUUGAGCCUGCCGCCCAGGAAUCCAUCAGUCUUUUCAUGGCCUACGUUCACACCAGUGUCAACCAGGCAAGUGAAAAAUACCUGCUGAAUGAGAAGAGGUACAAUUACACUACCCCCAAGAGUUUUCUCCAGCAAAUCAGCCUGUACAGGAACCUUCUGGAGAAGAGUCGGUCUCAGCUUCAGCACAAGAUGAACCGGCUUGAGAAUGGCCUGCAGAAGCUCCACACCACAGCUGCUCAGGUUGAAGAUCUAAAAUGCAAGUUGGCAUCACAAGAAGCUGAGCUAUCGUUCAAAAACCAGAAUAUUGAAGAUUUGAUAACAAGGAUUGGACUACAAACUGAAAAAGUUAGAAAGAAAAAGGAAGCUGCAGAUGUGGAAGCACAGAAGGUUGCUGUCAUGCAGGCAGAAAUUGCUGCAAAGCAGAAAGAGUGUGAAAGUGACCUAGUCAAAGCUGAGCCAUCACUGACAGCUGCAUUAGCAGCCCUGGACACUUUAAACAAGGUGAAUCUUACCGAGCUGAAAGCCUUUCCAAAUCCCCCAGACGCAGUUCGAAAUGUCGCAGCUGCUGUAAUGGUUCUGCUGUCCCCCCGUGGUCGUGUGCCUAAGGAUCGGAGUUGGAGGGCGGCACGGGCCUUCAUGGGCAAGGUGGAUGAUUUCUUGCAGGCCCUUGUGUCAUAUGACAAAGAACAUAUCCCAGAUUCUUGUCUAGCUGUGGUGAAACAAGACUAUCUGAGAAAUCCAGACUUCCAACCUGAUCUCGUCUAUACCAAAUCAUCGGCUGCAGCUGGUCUUUGUGCAUGGACGAUUAAUAUUGUCAGAUACUACGAGGUUUAUUGUGAAGUUAUCCCAAAGCGAGAUGCAUUGUCCCGAGCUAAUGUAGAACUGGAAAUGGCAACAGGCAAAUUGACGGCAGUUCAAAAGAACCUAGCAGAUCUCGAUGCCAGCCUCCAGAACUUAACAACUCACUUUGAAAGAGCUACGGCUGAGAAACUUGGCUGUCAGAAGGAGGUGACACAAACCACCCAGACCAUCCAGCUGGCCAACCAACUAGUUAAAGGCUUAAUGUCAGAAAAGGAGCGCUGGGGCAAAGAAAUGAUCAGCUACGAAAAGCAACAGAAAAGUCUGUGUGUAGAUGUCCUUCUCACCUCAGCAUUCGUCUCAUACCUGGGUUACUUUAACAGCCAGUUUCGAGGGGAGCUUUUCAACAAUGCAUGGAUUCCCUUCCUUCAGUCUCAGAAGGUCUUUGCACCCCUCACAGAUGGCCUGGAUCCAAUCCGUUUGCUUACUGAUGAUGCCACGGUGGCAGCCUGGCAAAACCAGGGUCUGCCAAAUGAUAGGAUGUCUACUGAAAAUGCUGCCAUCUUGACCAUCAGCGAGCGUUGGCCACUCAUCAUCGACCCACAGCAGCAGGCCCUCAAGUGGAUCCGAAACUGGUUUGGGUCAAAGCUGAGGGUGGUGCAGCUCAGACAGAAAAGAUAUCUAGAUGUUAUUCAACAAGCUCUCGUCUGUGGUGAAAUAGUCCUGAUAGAAAACCUGCCGGAAAAGGUCGAUCCGGUCCUGGAGCCUCUGCUGGGCAGAAAAACGAUCAAAAGAGGAAGAUAUAUCCGUGUUGGGGAAAAGGAGUGUGAAUAUAACAGUAGCUUUCGGCUUGUUCUUCACACCAAACUUGCCAACCCACACUUCCCCCCUGAGCUGCAGGCUCAAACCACCCUCAUAAACUUCACAGUGACUCCUGUGGGCCUGGAGGAGCAGCUUUUAGGACAGGUGGUGUUCUACGAGAGACCUGAACUUGAGGCCUCUAAGAUGCAGCUGACAAAGCAACAGAACGACUUCAAAAUUGAGCUCAAAAGGUGUGAAGAUGACCUCCUAAGUCGCCUUUCUGCAGCUCAAGGUAAUUUUCUGGGAGAUAUUUCUCUUGUGGAGCAGCUUGAAAACACCAAGAGCAUGGCUGCUUGCAUUCAGUCCAAGGUGUUGGAGGCCAUAGAGAACGAGACAAAGAUCAACGAGGCUCGGGAGCUCUACCGCCCAGCAGCUGAAAGAGCGUCACUCCUCUUCUUCAUCAUCAACGACCUCAGCAAGAUUAACCCCAUUUACCAGUUUUCACUCAAGGCUUUUUAUUCGAUGUUUAACAAAGCAAUGGAACAUGCCAAACGGGAUGAGGAUGUGCGCACCACGGUGCACACGCUCACUGAAGCCAUCACCUAUUCAGUAUUUCUGUACACCAGCCAAGGCCUGUUUGAGAGAGACAAGUUAACCUUCUUGUCACACAUUGUCUUCCAGAUUCUGCUGAAACAAGGCCUGAUUGAUCUGCAGGAGUUUUACUUUUUACUGCACUUCCCAGUGGAAGCUGGUAAAUUCAGCUCAGUGUCUUUCCUCUCUCCACAAGCCUGGGAAGCCAUCAAGGGCAUAUCUAGUAUGGACUGCUUCAGUGGACUCGACAGAGACAUUGAAAGCUCACCGAAGCCCUGGAGAAAGAUCGUGGAGUCCAGUUAUCCAGAAAAUGAAAGACUUCCACAGGACUGGAAGAACAAGAGCUCCUUUCAAAAGCUGAUUAUCCUUAGAGCUCUGCGCCCGGACCGGAUGACAUACGCGUUACAGAAGUUUGUGGCAGAAAACAUGGGAAGCGAAUACGUAAAUACUCCACGCUUGGAUUUUGAAAAGUUGUAUGAGGAUUGUGGACCCUCAACCCCUGUGUUCUUCAUCCUCUCUCCUGGAGUGGAUCCACUGAGAGAUGUGGAAAAACAAGGUUUGAAGCUGGGAUUUUCCACGGACAAGGGCACUUUACACAAUGUUUCUCUGGGACAGGGGCAGGAAACAGUGGCUGAGAAGCUUCUCAGGAAUGCAUCUCAACAGGGACACUGGGUCAUUUUGCAGAAUGUUCACCUCGUGGCUCACUGGCUGCCAUCUCUAGAUGCUCUUCUGGAGACAACGGCAGAAAACUGUCAUCCCAGCUACAGGGUUUUCCUCACCGGGGAGCCGGCCCCGAGGCCUGAGCAGCAUGUAAUCCCCAGAGGCAUGCUGGAGAGUGCCAUAAAAAUCACAAAUGAACCACCCACAGGCAUGAGUGCCAGUUUGCAUGCAGCUCUUAGCAACUUCAGUCAGGAGACGCUGGAUGUUUGCACAAGGGAGCGAGAGUUCAACUCCCUCUUUUUCUCCCUUUGCUUCUUUCAUUCCUGUGUAACAGAGCGGCAAAAAUUUGGCCCACAGGGAUGGAAUCACAACUACCCCUUCAGCAAAGGAGACCUCAUCAUCUCAACCACUGUGCUUUUCAACUACUUAGAGGCCAACACCAAAUCUGUGCAGGUACCUUGGGAGGACUUGUGCUACCUUUUUGGAGAGAUCAUGUAUGGAGGUCACAUCACUGAUGAAUGGGACAGAAGACUCUGCAUGACCUAUCUGCAACAAUUCAUGCAUCCAAAAAUGUUUGAAUCCGGCAUCUAUCUGUGUCCAGGAUUUCCAGCUCCUUCAUUUUUGGACUACAGUGGUUACCACAGUUAUAUUGAUGAACAUCUCCCCACUGAGAGCCCAAUAUUGUACGGCCUCCAUCCUAACGCAGAGCUGGGGUGUCUUACUGUGACCUCAGACAACCUCUUCAGGGCUCUGCUGGAGCUGCAGCCACAUGGCUCUGCCAGGGAGGAGGGAGUGUUUGAGAGCACUGAAGAGAAGGUUAUGACUGUAAUUCAAGACAUUCUGAAGAAGCUUCCUGAGGAUUAUAACAUGGAAAAGAUGUUGAUGGAGAGAACAGAGAGAAGCCCCUACACUGUCGUGUGCCUUCAGGAGUGUGAACGCAUGAACCUUCUUCUGGCAGAAAUACGGAGGUCCCUCACUGAUCUGGAAUUGGGUUUAAAGGGAGAACUUUCCUUUUCCUCCAGUAUGGAGACACUCCAGUUUGAACUUUUCAAUAACUUUGUGCCACAGUCUUGGACCAGACUUGCUUAUCCAUCAACUAAGACACUGGCCCAAUGGAUGAGUGAUGUCAUGUUGAGCUGUCAGGAGCUGGACAGCUGGACUCAUGACUUCACACUCCCUGCUGUGGUCUGGCUCCCUGGACUUUUCAGCCCACAGUCCUUCCUCACUGCUGUGCUCCAGAGUAUAGCUCGGAAGAACCAGUGGCCCCUGGACAAGAUGACUCUGACUGUGGAUGUAACAAAGAAACUGAGAGAUGACUUUGGACAUCCUCCCAGGGAGGGUUCCUACAUCCAUGGACUCUUCAUGGAAGGGGCCCGUUGGGACUCUGAGGCCGGUUCCAUUUCUGAAGCAGUUUUAAGAGAUCUAACACCAGCUAUGCCAGUGCUGUACGUUAGAGCAGUGCCAUCAGAGGAGCUGGAUCUGAGGAACACCUUUAGGUGUCCAGUGUACCGCACUAAACAGCGAGGGUCCUCCUACGUGUCGGCCUUCCACCUCCGCACCAAACAGCCUGCAGCCAAGUGGGUUGUAGCUGGAGUUGCACUGCUGUUAAUCGUGUGAGAUCUAAGCACAGAUGUGAACAGACUCUUUACUAGUAGCUAUUGAGAACUUAUUAUGCUGUAUUUUAGGAUUUAAAAAACAUAGCUUUAGUUUAGUUUAAAUAGAGGUACUAACUGCCAUAGUAAGCUAGUUGGUCAAAUAAUUUUUUAUCUUCUUGUGACAGCCUUGUCAUUGGAUCAUGUUAUGACACCGUCAUAUGCCUCAACCAGCGUUGAACCUGUAGUAUUUGUGUCCAACGCCGCUGCAGCUCUCCCUUGAGUGUGGCCGUGAUUUGUUGGAAGCUUAUGUCUCCAUUUUGGACCAUGUAAUUCCAGAUAGGGAGCAUAUUUUAUUGGAAGGUCAGGAUUAAAAAGGCUCUCUGCUCGCCCUCUGCUAACUGAAUGAUACACAAUGCUGUCUGGAGGGAUCCUGGAGCAAAUUCCCAGGAGAUGAUGUGCAUGGUUACUAUUGACUUUUAAAUGAGGUGCAUUUGACAUUGACCUUUUGUGCAGCUGAGGCAGAAUACUAACAGACUAGUGUAAUUCAUUCAGCCGAGCCUUUAGGAAAACAUCUAUUCGAAGAUAGUGAUAGCUUUGUGUGAGAAAGCAACACGUUAGAUAACCCAUCCUCUAUGUCUCCUUUCUGUUCUUAAUCCAAAUUUAAAUGCGCUCAAGACAAAAAUCUAUCUGGUAAAAAAAAUCUAAAAUGCUAUUUUUUCAAACACUUUUUGCUAGGUUGUUCCUUAUUUCUGUUACAAAUACAUAUUAAAAACUAGAAAAAUAAAAA